AUGUUUGUAUCUAUAGACGAUGAAUUAUUGCUUAAUGGAUUAGAAUUUCCAUCGUCUAUUUAUAUACCGUUCGAUAAAUCUUAUUUAUUAGAAUGCAAUUCAAAGAAUAACGUUUAUUGGAAAUUAUAUUUAAAUAAUGGAAGAAUUGAGGUUGUCAAUGAUAAAUUAAUUCGAUUAAAUGAGUUCGAUAAAAAUCGUGAUGGAUUCUAUCAAUGUCAUAAAAAUGAUGAAUCAUUAUAUUCACGUGGUGUUUUUAUUUUUUCAAAUGGUGCACGUUCGAUUGAUCGUACUUGGACAAAACUAACAGAAUUCCAUGAAAACCUAGUAACUAUAUGUCAACCUAUGUAUUUCAAUUAUGGUUUUAAUGAACAAUUUAUCGAAUUAAUUGAUAGUAAACAAACAAUUCGUUAUAAUCGUACUGGUUUAUUUAUAAAACAUAUUCGAAGUACUACGCACCUUUUUUGUAAAUUACAUAUGGAUACAACAUGUGUUGGUAUACGUGUACAAACACUAAUUAAGAAAGAUUUAGGUAGUCCACUUCUAUCAGAUGAAUAUCUAAAAAAUAAUGAUUUUCUUGAAAUGAAUACAAAUGAACGUGAUAUAUAUCGUAUUGCUUUUGAAGGUGAUUCUGUCUAUUUUCAUUGUCCAUCAAAUAUGACAUUACCUAUUCAAUGGAAUUUUCUUUCUUGUAAUUAUUAUUUAAUGAAAACUCUUCCAACAUUAUAUGAUGAAGAUACGAAAAUUAAUUCAGUAACAAUAGCUGAUGCUGGAAUAUAUAUAUGUCGAACUGAGACAACUAUUUAUCAACGAAUCGUAUUAACAAUUAUUCAUCCUCCUAAAUCACCUGAUAAUAUUUAUGAACGUACACUUAAUGUUAAUUUAUAUUCAAAACAUUUAAUUUGUUGUAAUUUGGAUGCUGUUCCAUAUCCAACAUAUUCAUGGUCCAUGGUCACCGAAUUUCAGAAUACAUCAUUUGUUUGGUGUUCAAAGCGUUGUUGUUGGUUACAUAUUCUCUAUAGAAUAUAUCAAAAUAUUAUUUGUACAUCAACAAAUCAAAUUGGAAUGGCAAAAUAUAAUAUUUAUUUGAAUGUUCAAAAUAUGGAUUCAACAAAUACAGUUGUUUAUGAUGAACCAAAACUUUAUAAUCAUAAUCAUACUGAUAAUUUUAAUCUUAUUCGAGAAAUAACAGAAAAUCCAAGUAUUAAUCCAACUGUUAUGACUACAGAUGUAAAAACUCAUACUUUCAUAGAAACAACAAUCAUUACGCAAAAUGAUAAUAAUGAAUCAGGAAAUAUAUUUCUAGCUUUAUUAUCAUCUUCAUCAAAUGAUUCUAAUAUUGAAUGA